AGCCGUAGCCUGCUGCAGGCGCGCUCGCUGAUUGCGGCAGUGGCAAGCCUCUCUCUGCUAAAUAAUAACUUUUUUUUAAAUUCCCGCAUGCCGUUUUGUUUUCUUUUAUACAUUUCAAGUGCAGUCAAAUCAUAGUCUUAACCGACAUGGUCUAUCGUCGAUCCAGUAGGUUAACCUAGCUAAAGGGGUGGAUGGUUAUUCAGAGAUUAUACGCUCCUCAUCAUCAAACGGUGGGUACUCCGCUCCGGCGUCAUGCACAGCAACACAGCCAGGGAUGCAGCGUUAUAUCAAUGCAUAUAGAAUUAAGCCUACUUGUUAAACCCCCCCGGACCAAACCCACCCUCCCCCCAAUGAGAAUAUCGUCGUGAUGGCUGAUGAAGAUGGACAACAACAACCUGGUCAGCUGAAGCCCAACUCGGUAUUGGGCUCUCUUCCAACGCUAGUACCAGGACUCCAGGGGCCUGAGGCCAAUGCGUUGCAGUACAAAAUUAAGAAUUCAAUUUGCAAAUCUGUCCAGUCAAAAGUGGACAACAUAUUGCAAGAUGUUGAGAAGUUUACAGACAUCGAAAAACUCUACCUCUACUUGAAGUUGCCUUCUGGUCCCAGCAAUGGCAAUGAUAAAAGGAAUGAGAACCAGAGAGCCACCACUCCUGGACUAUGUGACCAGAGUGGCAUGUCGUCCAGUCGGACACAACAGAUGUACGCUUUCAACUGGAUCCGGAAUCACCUAGAGGAGCACCCUGAGACAUCACUGCCAAAGCAAGAGGUGUACGACGAGUACAAGAGCUACUGUGACAGUCUUGCCUACCACCCAUUGAGUGCUGCAGACUUUGGAAAGAUCAUGAAGCAUGUGUUUCCCAACAUGAAGGCUCGCCGCCUGGGCAUGAGGGGCAAAUCUAAAUACUGUUAUAGUGGACUGAGGAAGAAAGCGUUUGUUCACAUGCCUUCUCUGCCCAACUUGGACUUACAAAAAUCAGGCGACGGGUGUGAGCCAAUGGAACCGUCAUCGGGCCAGUCUCCCAGUGCGGAGGAUGAGAUGCGCUCAGCGGCCUGUGGCCUGGUGUGUGAGUGGGCUCAGAAGGUCCUCAGUAGACAGUUUGAUGCCGUGGAGGACCUGGCUCGCUUCCUGCUCAACAGUCAUUACAUAGGAACCAAGUCUAUGGCUGCCAUCACCGUCAUGACUGGGACUCCCACAGGUCUGAAGACGCCCACGCCAACCUCUGCGUUCAUGCCCACGUCCGAGGCCUCGUCCUUCCAGCCGCAGGUGAAGACGCUGGCCUCUCCCUCGGUGGACGCCAAGCAGCAGCUCCAGAGGAAGAUCCAGAAGAAACAGCAGGAGCAGAAGCUCCAGUCCCCCCUGCCUGGAGAGGCCCAGGGACAGAACCAGGCCAGGAGGACCGAGGCCAGUACCCCAGGGCCAGCUAUCCCCUGUGGAAGUCCAGCUCUGCUCUCACCACAACCUACCAUUGGUAUUGUGGUGGCAGCCGUCCCCAGCCCCAUCACGGUCCAGAGGAGCAGGCAGCUGAUGACUUCCCCUAGCCCGGUGGGGUCCGCCGAGGGGAAGGUCAUGCCAACGGUCAACUUCCAGGUGGUCACCCACACCCAGUCUCUGACCCACAGACAGUCCCCUAAAACGCCCCAGAACAUCUCAGCCAGCCCCGUGGGAGACCGCCUGGCUAGGCACAGGUACCCCCAGAUCCUCCCCAAGCCCUCUGCCACGGGGGCCAUCACCCUGCGUUCGCCCCCCACCCUGCUCAUCACCAACAGCCCCAUGAAGACCCACCACGUGAUCCAGCCCCAGUUCAGCUCCCACGUCAACGUGGUCAAGAUGACCGCCGUCUCCUUGACCCCGAGCAACACUAUCAGUACCAGCAGUAACAGUAUGGUCCUCAGGCCGGCUUCAGCCUCGGCCGGGGUGGGAACCACCAACACCACCACCACCUUUACCACCAUCGCUGCCCUAGAGGAGGUCCAGCAACAGGGACAGAGCCAGGGAGGCCCCCCAGCCACCCCACAGUGCCCUGCAGUACGGCCUGACGCCCCAGCCUCCACCCCUACUCCCACAGUGGCUCCCGAGGCCAUCAUCACUGACAAUAAUCCGGGCUCUAACUCUGAUAAACGGAGUACCAUACAGAAGUCCCCCGGUGGGUCCAAGGGUCCAGAGAGGGCCACUAAGUACCGUGCGUCCAGCGAACCCUCGCUCCUGGUCAUAUGCUCACCGGGACCUGACAGAGUGACCGACAGGACCAAAAGCUACCCCUCCUCUAGCUCCCCUCCCACCUCUGCCACCAAUGCAGCGACUAUUAGGGUAGAGACCAAGCAGGACAGCAAUAACAACAGCAGCAUUGCCACCACCUGUCACCAAGAAAGUACUUUUUAUCUGACUGUUGUGCCCUCGGCCAAUCAGAACGCUCCUAACGUCAGCGGAAAGUCCUCCUCGUCCAAUGGCUUAUCGGCUGUUACCCUAUUGUCUGCUAAAGACUCCUCCUCCUGUGCGUCAGGAUCUAAGAGUCCCCGGAAGCGAACCGGCCCUGGUCUGGAUUCCACCCACGUGAUCCCUGUGAAGCGUGUCUUCAUUUCCCAGCAACCUUUAGGUGUGACCUUUGACCCCAAACCAGGGGUUCCCGCCGCCGUCAAGAGGGUCCCAGCCAGACAAGGCACCCCCGCCCGACCAGAGAGCGCCCCCUGUCGAGUGACGGUGAAACAACACCUAGUGCCCACGCAGAUCCUGGCGCUGUCUGACUCGCCCGUCACAAACGCAGAGAUCUCCUCUCAGACUGGCAGUGUGAAGCCCAGGUCCUCCUCGUUGCUGCUAGUGAAACAGGAAGACCAGUCCUCUCUAACUCUAUGUCUCAGCACUGUCAGCAGUCACACCAGCACCACUGAAGCCUCUGGUACAACCACCACCACAGUGUCUGAGCAGCAGCAACAACAACAACAACAGCAGCAACAACAACAACAACAACAACAACAGCAGCAACAACAACAACAACAGCAGCAGCAACAACAACAACAACAGCAACAACAACAACAGCAACAACAACAGCAGCAACAACAACAACAGCAGCAACAACAACAACAACAGCAGCAACAACAACAACAACAACAACAACAGCAGCAACAACAACAACAACAACAGCAGCAACAACAACAACAACAACAACAACAGCAGCAACAACAACAACAACAGCAGCAACAACAACAACAACAACAGCAGCAACAACAACAACAACAACAACAACAGCAGCAGCAACAGGCCUUACUACAGCAGAUCACAGCAGGGACCGUAGGGGCACAACAACACUCUGAGGCCUCUGUGAUGGCGGUAGGAGCACAGCAACACUCUGAGGCCUCUGUCUCUGUGAUGGCGGUAGGGGCACAGCAACACUCUGAGGCCUCUGUCUCUGUGAUGGCGGUAGGAGCACAGCAACACUCUGAGGCCUCUGUCUCUGUGAUGGCGGUAGGAGCACAGCAACACUCUGAGGCCUCUGUCUCUGCGAUGGCGGUAGGGGCACAGCAACACUCUGAGGCCUCUGUCUCUGUGAUGGCGGUAGGAGCACAGCAACACUCUGAGGCCUCUGUCUCUGUGAUGGCGGUAGGAGCACAGCAACACUCUGAGGCCUCUGUGAUGGCGGUAGGGGCACAGCAACACUCUGUCUCUGCGAUGGCGGUAGGAGCACAGCAACACUCUGAGGCCUCUGUCUCUGCGAUGGCGGUAGGGGCACAGCAACACUCUGUCUCUGCGAUGGCGGUAGGAGCACAGCAACACUCUGAGGCCUCUGUCUCUGUGAUGGCGGUAGGGGCACAGCAACACUCUGAGGCCUCUGUCUCUGUGAUGGCGGUAGGAGCACAGCAACACUCUGAGGCCUCUGUCUCUGUGAUGGCGGUAGGGGCACAGCAACACUCUGAGGCCUCUGUCUCUGCGAUGGCGGUAGGAGCACAGCAACACUCUGAGGCCUCUGUCUCUGUGAUGGCGGUAGGGGCACAGCAACACUCUGAGGCCUCUGUCUCUGCGAUGGCGGUAGGAGCACAGCAACACUCUGAGGCCUCUGUCUCUGCGAUGGCGGUAGGGGCACAGCAACACUCUGAGGCCUCUGUCUCUGCGAUGGCGGUAGGGGCACAGCAACACUCUGUCUCUGCGAUGGCGGUAGGAGCACAGCAACACUCUGAGGCCUCUGUCUCUGCGAUGGGGAACAUGAAUAGCACAAUGUUGGAAGAGUCAGCCUUAGGACAUCUGGAAGAGCUGCAAAAACAGGCCUUCACUCAGACGAUAGCAGCAGACCACACCAAGCAGCAGACCCUGGAUUCUACCGACCAACACCAACUCUCCAACAUCAUGUCCCAGACCUCAGACUCAUCUGAUCAGUUAUCUGGCCUUCACCAGGAGAUGGUGGACUUUACCUCCUCAUCCUCUCAGCACGGCUCCACCAUGGACUACUUCUCAUUUAACGAUGAUGAUAUGACCCAGGACAGCAUAGUAGAGGAACUGGUACUGAUGGAAGAACAGAUGAAGCUGAAGGGCCUCCAGCCGUUGUUCAGUAGCUGUGUGGAUAAUAUGUCUCUCCAGGGCCUGCCUGGGGGCCCUCAGGGGCCCAUCCUCAACACCCACCACCAGGGGGGUAGCUCCUCUUUCUACCAGUCUGCCCAUAGCAGCACAACCCCCAUCCAGACCCCCACCCCAACCCCCACCCUGACUCCAACUCCUACCCCCACGGAGAUGACUCUCGGCGGGUACGGGCUGACCAGAGAGAGCCCCUGCUGCCAUCACAGCAUGGCCCCUAUCACGCCCGUGGAGGGGCCUCUAGGAGGCCGACACACCCCUAUAAGCGCUCUGUCUAACUGUUCUAGCGGCAUCCCGCCCAGCCCGGUGGAGUGCAGGAACCCAUUUGCCUUCACCCCUAUCAACUCCAGCAUGACAGGGGGUCACCACGAUGCCUCCGUGAUGUCUGUGUCCUCCAGUCCCAUCAAGCCCAUGCAGAGACCCAUGGCCACGCACCCAGACAAGGCUAAACUGGAGUGGAUCAACAACCGCUACAACAGUAGUGGUACUGAAGCUACUGGAGAAGAUGGUGCAGGACCAGGGUCUGGGUUAAUCAUCUCGAACCACAGCCUUGGUGGACUCCUGCCUAGUUACCACGUUCUAGUGGACGAUCACUUCCGUAAGCCGCACGCCUUCGCUGUCCCGGGCCACAGCGGCCAGUCUUUCCAGGCCCAGUCCAGACAGCAGGACGGCAGCCAUUUUGAACAUCUCACACUCAUCUCUCCGGUGCGACAGCAGUUGACCGGCGUAUCGACCACACCAACCAACACGGCAACCAAACAGGAUGAGAGCUUCGCUGUGCCCGCCCCUCUGGACAGCAAGGGUGGAGCCUUGUCGUCAGGGGGCGGGACGUUCCGUUGUCGCAGCGUCAGUCCCGCCGUGCGUCAGAUGACCUUCAGCGGUACCGACACAACCAUUGGUACCGUCACAACCCCCGGCACCGGCACUACCACUCGAUUGGUUGUCUCGCAGUUUAGUUCCCCCAUGACCUCACAGGAAAUACUCAGCAUCCUGUCCGACAGCCAAUCGGUGGGCGGCAACCUCCACAGCAUGGCCCAGCGCAGCCAAUCGGUGCCCUUAAACAUCAUGAUGCAGAGCGUUGUGGAGAUGCAGGGCAUCCAGGGACAGAACCAGAGUAAUGCCACUAAGAUCACCAACGUUCUCCUGAGUAAGAUGGACUCUGACGUGAACGACGCUGUGAGGGGCCUGGGCAUCAACAACCUCUCUUCCAACUAUACCGCCCGCAUGAACCUCACCCAGAUGCUGGAGACCCAGUCUCAGAGUCAGACUUCCCCUGGUGGCUUCACCGCUGGAGGAGAUGGAGGAGGGAACGCCCAUCAGUCUCAGCUGCAGACUGUCAGCUCCAGCCCUGCCUCUUUCGAGCUCCAGCAGCACGGGGGCUACCUCGCCAGUACCGGAGGAGGCGGGGGGGAGAUGAGCUUCAACCAAGCACAAUCAGGCCCUGGCGGUGAGGAUGUGGACCUGGAGCUACAGCAGAUCCAGGAGCUUCAGGAGCUCCAGAGUCCCCACUCCCAGCUCCAGAGUCCUCAGGCCCUGCUCCAGAUUCCCCACCCCCAGCUCCAGAGUCCCCACCCCCAGCUCCAGAGUCAACAGCUCCAGAGUCCCCACUCCCAGCUCCAGAGUCCCCACUCCCAGCUCCAGAGUCCCCACUCCCAGCUCCAGAGUCCUCAGGCCCUGCUCCAGAUUCCCCACCCCCAUCUCCAGAGUCCCCACCCCCAUCUCCAGAGUCCCCACUCCCAGCUCCAGAGUCCCCACUCCCAGCUCCAGAGUCCUCAGGCCCUGCUCCAGAUUCCCCAGGCCCAGGCCGGGUUCCAACUCCUCCAGACCAUCACCACCCAGCAGCAGCAACAACAACAGGAUGAAGAAGACAAGGCACAACAACAGCUAGACUUCAACAACACUGUUAAAGACCUGUUAGGCGACGACGGUCUCAACGUCCACGCUGAAGGCCUCAACCCUAGUUCUCAGCUGGUUGGUCAGGUGGCCUCGGAACUCAACGCCGCUGUGGCGUCCGACUUCACCAACGACAUCAGGCUGACCUCCGACCUCUCCAGUAGCAUCACAGACCUGAACACGUUGGACGCCGACCUGCUGUUCGAUCCGUCCAAUCAGCAGCAAGAACAGUACGAAGACGCCACACUGGAAGAGCUGAAGAACGAUCCUCUGUUUCAGCAGAUAUGUAGUGAUACUGUGAACUCCUCGUUCGACUGGCUAGAGAGCCAAGACCAGCCUACUACCGUAGAGAUGUUGGGCUAAUGUUAUUAUUUUGUGUGAACGAAUGGAAGCUUUUUCCCUUAUGUAGUUUACUAUGGGUCUUUGUCUAUUGGCCCUAGUCAGAAGCAGUGUACAAUAUAGGGACUAGGGUAUCAUUUCAGAUACAGACUGGCUUAAAUAAAAUACAUAUAUUUAUGUUUUAUUUUUAUUUUAUUGUUUUGUCAGGAGAGAAAAAAACUUCUGGACUCUCGGCCGUUAGUCCAGUGAAAAGUGCCAGCCUGGAAAUCUCCCCUAAUUUUUCUUGUUUUUAUAUCACUUUUAUUGUCAAGAUAUCUGAAUCACAAUACAUUACCACUCAAUUUCAUCUUCCUAUGAAAUCAUCAAAGAGUACAUUUCAAGUGAGUGAAGAUAUGGUCUGUGAGACGUGGUCAGUGAGACGUGGUCUGUGAGACGUUGUCUCUGAGACGUGGUCUGUGAGACGUGGCCAGUGAAACGUGGUCAGUGAGACGUGGCCAGUGAGACGUGGUCAGUGAGACGUGGUCUGUGAGACGUGGCCAGUGAGACGUGGCCAGUGAGACGUGGCCAGUGAGACAUGGACUGUAAGACGUGGCCAGUGAGACGUGGACAGUGAGACGUGGCCAGUGAGACGUGGUCAAUGAGACGUGGCCAGUGAGACGUGGUCAGUGAGACGUGGUCUGUGAGACGUGGCCAGUGAAACGUGGUCAGUGAGACGUGGCCAGUGAGACGUGGUCAGUGAGACGUGGUCUGUGAGACGUGGCCAGUGAGACGUGGCCAGUGAGACGUGGCCAGUGAGACGUGGCCAGUGAGACGUGGUCAGUGAGACGUGGUCAGUGAGACGUGGUCAGUGAGACGUGGACUGUGAGACGUGGUCUGUGAGACGUGGCCAGUGAGACGUGGACUGUGAGACGUUGUCUGUGAGACGUGGACUCUGAGACGUUGUCUGUGAGACGUGAUCAGUGAGACGUGGCCAGUGAGACGUUGUCUGUGAGACGUGGUCUAUGAGACGUGGUCUGUGAGACGUGGACUGUGAGACGUGGUCAGUGAGACGUGGUCAGUGAGACGUGGACUGUGAGACGUUGUCUGUGAGACGUGGACUCUGAGACGUUGUCUGUGAGACGUGGUCUAUGAGACGUGGCCAGUGAGACGUGGUCUGUGAGACAUGGACUGUGAGACAUGGACUGUGAGACGUAGCCUGUGAGACGUGGUCAGUGAGACGUGGCCAGUGAGACGUGGUCAGUGUGACGUGGCCAGUGAGACGUGGUCAGUGAGACGUGGACUGUGAGACGUGGACUGUAAGACGUGGUCAGUGAGACGUGGCCAGUGAGACGUGGUCAGUGAGACGUGGCCAGUGAGACGUGGCCAGUGUGACGUAGCCAGUGAGACGUGGUCUGUGAGACGUGGUCUGUGAGACGUGGUCAGUGAGACGUGGCCUCUGAGACGUGGCCAGUGAGACGUGGUCUGUGUCUGACAUGCCACCCUAGGGCUCUGAUCAAGAGUCCUGCACUACAUGGAGUAGGGGUCCUUGUUAUAAGGGGUAGAUUGCCCAAGGUACAGUAUACUGAACACCACACAGUAAAACCAUAUCUUCCUAUGUUGUGUGUACUCAUUCAAUAAUGCAAUAGUUUUAUUCAGAAAUCAUCUAACGAAUAGGACAUCUGGCGCAAAAUCACACAAUCACAAGAUCACACAAUCACACAAUCGCACAUAUUUGCUGUAGGAUGUAGUAUCCUGUUUUAGUGUGUUUCAAAUGGUGAAUCCAAACAGAAAAAUACAACAUUAGAAGACAACUUAAUAACAUGCACAUGACAUUUUAGCAGUAAAUUUGCCUACCAUGUACGAAUACUAAACGGGUAGCAUCGAGAAGCUACCAGGUGCUGAAUUUAAGCCUCUCCAUCAUGCAUCAUAUUGAUACCAAAUCAAUGGCAUACUGGUUCAUAUCUGAACAGUUUAAAUGUCAAAGUCUAUAAAUACUACUUGUACUGUUCAAUUAGGAAGAGAUGAGAGGGAUUUUUGAAGAUGAGGAAGAUGAGCUGGAUUCGCUAGUACUGGUAGUCUUAUCUGGUGAAGAACCAAUGUGACACUCCUGGGAAGGGAAGCAACAACAAACAUGGCUGCCUUAUUUUCCAAUCUCCAAGGCCUUACGCCAUCUCUACAGACAGACUGUGUAUAAUACUAUUCAGUAGUGCAUAGAAUCUAGAACCGAUUCUAGAACCGAUUCUAUAGUUCUAGAACCAUCCAGAGCUGCACCAUUCAUAUCAAGGCAGCUGAUUAAACUGUGCUAAUGUUUUUAAUACUUUUUCUUAUGAUUCUCUUGUUAUUUGCAGUGUCACUUGAGGCAUCCAUAGUGUAUAAAAACAAAGCACAUGCUGUGUGCCCUUACUUAUUAUCAGGUGUAGAUGGAGAAUAAUGUUGGGCAGGCGGUCACACGUUUUAGUGGACAGAGUGUUACUCCCAGGGUUGAACAAAAUAUAUUACAGCUGUGUCCUAAAUGGAACCCUAUUCCCUAUUUAUAGUGCACUACUUUAGACCAGGGCCCUAUAGAACCCUAUUCCCUAUUAUAGUGCACUACUUUAGACCAGUGCCCUAUAGAACCCUAUUCCCUAAUAGUGCACUACUUUAGACCAGAGCCCAUAGAGCUCUGUAUAGGGAACAGGGUACCAUCUGAGAUGUAUCCAAUAUAAAUGGUAUGGUGAUGGUUAAAUAGUCCCAGCUCCAGAGUCCCCAGCUCCAAUGUCCCCAGCUCCAAUGUCCCCAGCUCCAGAGUCCAUAUAAAUGGUAUGGUGAUGAUUAAAUAUGUAAUUGAAGGCAACACAGAGGCUGCAUAGAUACCGUAGCUGUAAGAUUUGGUUUCUGGAUUUUGAUGAUGUCAACUUGAGAUCUAGUUACGAGUCGUGUUUGGUUAUUGUCUUUCCGGAGAUCCAGCCUUAUUUCCAUACCAAAGAAGAGCUGUUGUUUAAAUGAACGUACUUUUACGUUAGAAGAAGUUAUAUAAGGUUUGUAUAAGAGGUUGUUAUACAUGGGAUUUAAAAUCAUCCAUUCACUAUUAGUGACUAUGUUAUCAGUGAAGAGAAAACAAAUAUAACUGGGGUCUACGUCCCAAUUGGCACUCCAUUCCCUUUAUAGUGGAGGGGUUUCCAUAGGGCUCUGAUCAAAGCAGUGCACUGUAUAGCCCAGUGUGACCCAACUACGGUCCUCCAGCACUCCCAACAUCAACACAUUGUUAUUUUAGCCCAGGACAAAAAAAACACCUGAUUCAACUCGUCAAGUGGCUUGAUGAUUAGUUUAGCUUGUCCUGGGGGCCACAAUAAAAAAUAUGUACUGGCGGGGAUACUGGAGGAUCGAGUUGGGAACCACUUGGGACGCAUGUGUAUAAAAGACGAAAAGCUGUAAAAAUCUAUGUAAAGUAUGUAAAUGGCUGAGGUCCUUGUUGUUGCUUAGGCAACACUGGGCCAAAGAGCAUGUUGUUGAAACAAUCAGCCAGUUACAGUGCCUUCGGAAUGUAUUCAGACCCCUUGACUUUUUCCACAUUUUGUUAUUCUAAAAAAAUAUUAUUUUUUUUAACACAUCCACAGCAAUCUACACACAAUACUCCAUAAUGACAUCACAAUACCCCAUAAGGGCAUCACAAUACCCCAUAAUGACAUCACAAUACUCCAUAAUGGCAAAGCAAAAACAGGUAAAAAAAAAAAAUUUGCAAGUAUUUACAUAAGUAUUCAGACCCUCGAAGUUGCUCAACAACCGGGAGACUAUUCAGGACCGAGGGAAAGAUGAACGGAGAAUAGAGUAUAGAGAGAUCAUUGGUGAAAACCUUCUCCAGAGCGCUCAAGACCUCAGACUGGGGAAAGGUUCACCUUCCAACACAACGCAGGAGUGGCUUCGGGACAAGUCUCUGAAUGUCCUUGAGUGACCCAGCCAGAGCCCGGACUUGAACCCGAUCGAACAUCUCUGGAGAGACCUGAAAAUAGCUGUGCAGCAACGCUCCCCAUCCAACCUGACAGAGCUUGAGAGAAUCUGCAGAGAACAAUGGGAAAAACUUCGCAAAUACAGGUGUGCCAAGCUUGUAGCGUCAUACCCAAGAAGACUCAAGGCUGUAACCGCUGCCAAAGGAGCUUCAACAAAGUACUGAGUAAAGGGUCUGAAUACUUACGUAAAUGUGAUAUUUCAGUUUUUUUUAUUUUGUAUAAAUUAGCAAACAUUUCAAAAAAAAAUAACAGUUUUUGCUUUGUCAUUAUGAGAUAUUGUGUGUAGAUUGACGAGGGGGGGGGGGGGGACGACGACAAUUAAAUAGAUUUUUGAAUAAAGCUGUAACGUAAAACAAAAUGUGAAAAAAGUCAAGGGGUCUGAAUACUUUCCCGAAUGCAAUUUAUAACAGUAGGAUGAUUUGCUUGAAUUUUGGCUAUUGUUGUAAAAGUCAUAAUAAAACUAAAGCUUCGUUAAUUUUGUAAAUAGGAUAGAUACAUAGAAAUGUGUUGUAUCACGAUGAAAAAGGCACUUUUAUGUUCAUCGUUCUAGUUAAUAAAAUCUAUGUUCCAUUUGAGAGAGAGAAAAAAUAGAAAGUUUAAACAGAUCUAUAAUAGUGAAGAUAAUGGGGAAGAUAUUGUGUGUUGGAAUUUCUGGCUCAUCGAUGUAUUUGUAAAAGUAACGCUGUCCGUUUGGUCUCUGGUUUGCUGCUGUGUUUUGACUUUUCUUAUCAAAAAGAUAAUUAUAAUAAUAGGUCUCUGAUGUGUGCUUUGAAAGAGAACAAUCGCAUGGUUUUAUUGACAAGAACAAAACAGAUGAGUAGUGGUAUGAGAUAUUAGCCGGUUGCAUACAUUUCUGUGACGUCAUCGAUUCUAUAGGCGUUGUGCUCAGAACCUUUUAAGGGGAAACACUGGAAAGACGUGUCUAUGAGGAAAGACGUGUCUAUGAGGAAAGACGUAUCAAUGAGGAAAGACGUAUCAAUGAGGAAAGACGUAUCAAUGAGGAAAGACGUGUCAAUGAGGAAAGACGUAUCAAUGAGGAAAGACGUGUCAAUGAGGAAAGACGUGUCAAUGAGGAAAGACGUAUCAAUGAGGAAAGACGUAUCAAUGAGGAAAGACGUGUCUAUGAGGAAAGACGUAUCAAUGAGGAAAGACGUAUCAAUGAGGAAAGACGUAUCAAUGAGGAAAGACGUGUCUAUGAGGAAAGACGUAUCAAUGAGGAAAGACGUAUCAAUGAGGAAAGACGUAUCAAUGAGGAAAGACGUGUCUAUGAGGAAAGACGUAUCAAUGAGGAAAGACGUAUCAAUGAGGAAAGACGUAUCAAUGAGGAAAGACGUAUCAAUGAGGAAAUACGUAUCAAUGAGGAAAGACGUGUCAAUGAGGAAAGACGUGUCAAUGAAGAAAGACGUCCCUGUUUUCAACAGACAAACUUUGUAGGUUCCUUUUUAUUUCACUACAUGUUUAUGAUAUGAAACAUAGCUUCGUCACAUAAACCUCAUAAUGGACAAAUGUUACGAUGGAAGGACGAACGAAGGCCCGUAGUAGCAACAAUAACAAAAAAUACACAAAAUAUUUUUUAUGAUCUUUAAGGUAAGAAAGAAAGUAAACAUUUUAAGAAUUGUCAUGUAGAAAAUGACUCCACUAUAAUUGUCUUGUAGCAAAUAUGUGCAUUAAUAAUAAUCUCAGUGAGAUUUAAUCAUUCUCAUCCACGAGAAUAUAAUCUAAGUUUUGAGGAAAAAUGUCAUGUUUAAAAAAACUUUUAAAAACCGACGUGCUUCAUUAUGUUGAUGAAUGACUGUAAUACAUGUGUUGAUAAUUUCUAUUUUACUACUUUCUAUUCUUAAGUGCUUACCAAAAUGGCACCCUAUUCCCUAUAUAGUGCACUACUUUAGACCAGGGCCCUGUAGAACCCUAUUCCCUAUAUAGUGCACUACUUUAGACCAGAGCCCUAUAGAACCCUAUUCCCUAUAUGGUGCACUACUUUUGACCAGAGCCCUAUAUAGUGCACUACUUUAGACCAGAGCCCUAUAGAACCCAAUUCCCUAUAUAGUGCACUACUUUAGACCAGAGCCCUAUAGAACCCUAUUCCCUAUAUGGUGCACUACUUUUGACCAGAGCCCUAUAUAGUGCACUACUUUAGACCUGAGCCCUGUAGAACCCUAUUCCCUAUAUAGUGCACUACUUUAGACCAGAACCCUAUAGAACCCUAUUCCCUAUAUAAUGCACUACUUUUGACCAGAGCCCUAUAGAACCCUAUUCCCUAUAUGGCGCACUACUUUUGACCUUGUCCGGACAGUAGUAGUGCACUAUAUAGGGAAUAGGGUUCCAUUUCAGAUGCACAUUCAGUAAGGUAACCACUGUCUGUUAUGGUAAGGGCAGCUUCUGUGUACCUGACUGGCAGUGCUAUUGUAGUUAACUUAAUUACAGUAAGUUGGGCAGGUUCUGUGUACCUGACUGGCAAUGCUACUGUAGUUCACUUAAUUACAGUAAGUUACAUUACUUUACAUUGUGGGCUGUUUACUUAAUAUAAGGUAAGAUAAUUCUCUGUUUCGUUAAUGACUGACUGUUAUUUUUUUUGCAUACUUUUUAAAAAUGUUGCAUUUGUAAAGAAAAAAGCUGUUAACAAAAAGGUAUUGAUUUUGUGGCAUUAUAUUAUAAGGCACUGAUAUUUGAAUUUAAUCUUUGAAUGAAGGAAAAUUAUCCUCCAUCUUUAGACGAGUUCCAACUAUAGAAUUAGAAUGAAUUGUUCUGAUUCUAAGGUUCCAUCUAGCAGUGACUCGUGAGUUCCGACUGACCCUGAGCCAGAACCAAACUCAGUUUGACUCUUAUCUAUCCUGUUCAUUCCUACCAGUAGAAGAAGCUCCCCUCUCUCUCUCUCUGUUGUCGUGUGGUGUACUGCGUCGUAUGUACAAGUAGCUUGUUAAUAUGGCAAAACAAAAGCGUUCAUGUUUCUUUUUCAAUGGAAAGUGCUCACUGGUGAGAUUUUUAAAGUGGUUUUGUAAAGCCAAUAAACUUUUUUUAUAGAAUCUU